AUGCCUUCAGGCAAAAGACCCUCCAUGUCGGACAAUCCCGGAUCUUCUUCGUCACGUACAGCGCUUCCAAGCUCCAAGAAGUCCAAAAAGACCCAGGCAGCUACAGCCACUCCUGCCCAACGUCCGCCUCAGCAACAGCCGUCGGGCUCUGCUCGACCGUUUCGCACAAUCGCCCCCAAGCCGCUGCCGCCGACUGCCACCCACGGUAGUAAGGAGCUUAAUAAAGAGGAGCCUACUCAGCAGCAAGAACAAUGCCAAUUAAUCUGGCCAGCGGAUAUCCCGCUCGCGCCUUCGCUCUCACUGCCUCGUGCAAGCGCCCACAGGCCGCGAGCAUCGUCCCAGGCACCGCCGCCGCCGGCCACCGCCGACGAAUCCGACAAGGAUGAACCUAUGCAGCAGGAGCAACGCGAAUUAAUCUGGCCUGCAGAACGCCUUCGUCCGAGGCAUCCGCGCCUCGAGCAACUACCGCCCAUCAUCGUCGCCCGGAACGAGCCCUUGACACCCUCGCUUCGCCUCGCCGGCCUGGCCACCCCGGAGCCCGGGGGGGUUUUCCUCUCGCCGGGGGGUCCGCUCCGCGUGGGGGCCGCGGCGGGUCUGCCGUCGCCAGCCACCAUCGCCCGGCCCUCGCGACCACGCCGGUGCGCCCGCCCCGCGCGCGACGUCGAUCCUCCCGCGCGCGUCUCGGCCGUCCGCCGCAUGAGCGCCCCGUCAUCCUCGCCAAAACCCUCCACCGCCGUCCUCGCCACCGCCGCGCCAUCCUCUCCUCCUCCUCCGACGCGUCACGAGCCUCCCGUCCUGCAUCCGACACCGCCGCCGGCCGCACCCGCACGAUGCAACACCGCCAGCCCCAUCAUCCAAGCCCUGCCCAGCCUCCGCCUCCAGCACCCGUUCUGGGGCCCCGACGCGCGUGAGCUCAUCCCGUGCGACGAGGCCGGCGCCAUCCGCGACGCCUACCGACGCGAGCGCAUCCGCGAGGUCGAAGCGCGCCACUCACGCGGCGCGCGCCCGCCACACUGGACCGUCCGCCACGCGCAGGAGGUGUGCGCCGACGUGCACCGGAUGCCGCGCUCCGCGCGCUCCGGCUUCGGCGACCUGCACAAGCAGCUGCGGGAGCUGUACGCGCUGCACGCGGACCUGGCGAGCCUGCACCCGCCGCCGUGGGCGCGCCCGGGGGACGUGGUGCCGGUGACGUGCGGCGGGGUGACGACGGAGCUGCCGCGGCUGCUGCGCGACUUUGUCUGCGGCAUGAGCGGGUACUUGCUGGCCGAGUGGCGGCCGUUCGGGCGCUCGCGGAGGGAGUGGAACGUUGAUUCCAAGAUUGCGUUCCUCGAGGAUUUCAGCUGCUUCCUGCGCUUCCACAACAAGUUCUACUCGCAGCGGGUGAUACUGAUGCACGCGCCGGGCGCGCCCGGGUGGGAGCACCAGGGGGAGCUGCGCUUCUACAACAGCGUGCCGUUUCGCGGAUGGCAGGAGAGGCUGGAAACUGGGCUGACGAGCGAGGAGCGGUCGCGAGAUUCCUUUGUUGAUUGCUUCUGGGACAAUUAG